AAAAAUUGGAGCAGAUGCCUUAUUGGGAUGCAAAGGAAAUCCAGGCUCAGGCGUUCCGUUACCGAGUGAGGGUCGGGCAUCACUCAGGGCUGGGCUGCCCAGCUGAGUCCUCUGCCCAUACAGUUGGGCUGUCUGGGGCCCAGAAAAGGUCAGGUCCGUUUCUUCUGGGCUGCCUGGUGGGCAGUGGAGUCUGGGCUCCACACAGUCCCUGCCUGCUCUGAGUGGAGCUUGCAAGAGUCGGGGGCCUGGGAAGGAAGUGACUGGGACCAGGCUUCCUGCCUCUGGCUGAAUCGUGUUGCCCCUGUUCUCAUUCCCUCUCCCCAUCCUUGGGGGCCGCCUUUCUGUGUGUUCCCCUAGACCGUGAUUCCAGCCUGCCUUUCUUCCAGGUUCCUACACUCCCCAGCGUGGCUUUUAGGGCAGUCCCUGCCUGGGCGCAGGCUGGGGCUUGGGUUCUGGCUCUGGGGCUGGCAUAAAGAUGAUGGCUGUCCUAUGUAUGGCAGGGCCCUGUGUUCCCAUGCCUCAGUUUUCCCAUCUGGACAAUGGGUAUUGGGCCAGGCCAAUGCUUCCUGACCUGCUGAGCCCCUUUCCUCCCAUCCUUGUACACAAACAGCCCCUCCUGAGCAGUGCCCGCAUCAGACAGAGCUCUGGGGUCACCUGUGGAGAAGCCCAUCUUUUUGGCUUGGACGGUCUGGCCAGUAGGCACGUGUGGGGAAGAGGUGACUUUGACACUGAGGCUGGAGCUGUGUCCUCCUCAGAGCCCGCCAUGGCCAGAUAUGAGCCAGAGAGACUUGCCCUGGCUCAGAAGUCACCGGCCCCCAAGGUCAGGAAGCCAGGGAGGAAGCCACCAAGCCCUGGCCCGGAGAAAGCAGCGGCAGCCGCUGCGGAAGAGUCCCGUGAUGCCUCCGCUACCCCUGCUGCCAGUGCCAGCCCGCCUGGCCCCACGCUGAAGGCCCGCUUCUGCAGUCUGCUGGAGACCACCUGGCUCAGUGGGCUGGCCCUGCCCACCUGGGGCCACAAGACCUCAAGACCAGACCGGCCCCCGCCCCGCCCACAGCUGCUGGACCGCCGGAGCCCUCACCUGUAG